CACGAAUUAUCUUCGGUGCCCCGUCCUCCGCCUGGUGUAAAUUUCGAAUCGGAGUUCCCUCUCGGCCAGCGACCAACUCGACAACCCGACGACGACGACAACGACAGAUCGCCCGUCUCCCACCUUAACACACAACCACCGCCGCCAACAUGGGUCGUCUUCACAGCAAGGGCAAGGGCAUCUCGUCCUCGGCCAUCCCCUACUCGCGCAACCCGCCCUCGUGGCUGAAGACCACGCCGGAGCAGGUCGUCGACCAGAUCUGCAAGCUCGCCAAGAAGGGCGCGACCCCGUCGCAGAUCGGCGUCAUCCUCCGUGACUCGCACGGCAUUGCCCAGGUCAAGGUCGUCACCGGUAACAAGAUCCUUCGGAUCCUGAAGAGCAAUGGCCUUGCCCCCGAUAUCCCGGAGGACCUGUACAUGCUCAUCAGGAAGGCUGUUGCCGUCCGCAAGCACCUUGAGCGCAACCGCAAGGACAAGGACUCCAAGUUCCGCCUGAUUCUCAUCGAGUCCCGCAUCCACCGCCUGGCCCGCUACUACAAGACCGUCGGCGUCCUCCCGCCCACGUGGAAGUACGAGUCCGCGACCGCCAGCACCCUCGUUGCCUAAGCGAAGGGCUAUGUGUUGCGCACGCCGAGUCAGGAAGGGAGUCAUUGGUCGGGGAUGUUCUGGGAACGGUUCUGGUUCUUUGCAGCUUUCGGCUCGCCGCUGCGUCGUUGUCCGCAGGUCAGGCGGGACCAUUGGAGUUGGGGCACGGAAAGGAAACCUGCAUUCUAGAACACUGGAACGGGCACAGGGUAUCGCUGUUUCCCCGUCAUGAAAAGCGUGGGAGCGGCGGCGACGACAAUGACUUGGAGGGUACCAAUGCAAAGCAUGAUCCUCUAUUCCGAUGCUGUCCUGCCUGACGUGGUAUCUCAAAAAAUCCAACCGGAAAAUUAUCAAUUGCAUGCCAUUGAACGCCGUCCCAAAAUAACCGCCAAGGAUUCUGUCCCGCCAACACUCCUCCGAUUCCGUCCCCAGAUGUAGCCGCCCCCUCCUGGCCACCUGCUCCCUUCUUCCGGCCAGAGCCGUGACUUCUCCCUGACAAGCACGGGCGUCAUGGAUCCUUGCCCUCCAAUU